CUCACCGCCAAGCACAUCUUCAGCGAGGUGGUGGCCCCGCGCAUCGAGAAGGACUUCAAGGACGGCACCUUCGACCCCGAGAACCUGGAGAAGUACGGCUUCGAGCCCACGCAGGAGGGGAAGCUCUUCCAGCUCUUCCCGAAGAACUACGCGCGGUAG